AAUACAUACACGCACACACACACACACACACACCUCGACCUUCAACCCUAGGCAAAUUACACACACACACCCACACACACAAACACACCUCCACCUCAAACCACUAGGCCCAAUACACACCACACACACCCACAAAACACACACCUCAACCUCAACCCCUAGGCCAAAUCCACACACACACCCACACACAACCAACACACACACACCCACACACACACACACCUCGACCUCAACCCCUAGGCCAAUACAUACACGCCAACACCACACCACACACACCUCGACCUCAAACCCAUAGGCCAAUACACACACCACACACACACACACACAAAACACACCUCGACCUCAACCCCCUUAGGCCAAUACAUACACGGCACAACACACACACAACACACACCUCGACCUCAACCCCUAGGCCAAUACAUACACACACACACACACACACACACACACAAACACACCUCGACCUCAACCCCUAGGCCAAUACAACACCACACACACACACCCGACACCUCGACCCCAAGCCCACUACACACACCACACACGCACACACACACACACACAACCUCGACCUCAACCCCUAGCCCAAUACACACACACACGCACACACACACACACACACACACCUCGACCUCAACCCCUAGGCCAAUACACACACACACACACACACACACACACACACACACACACACCUCGACCUCAACCCCUAGGCCAAUACACACACACCACACACACACACACACACAAAACACCUCCACCUCAACCCUAGCCCAAUACACACACAACACACACAACACACACACACACCUCAACCUCAACCCCUAGGCCAAUACACACACACACACACACACACACACACACCUCGACCUCAACCCCUAGGCCAAUACAUACACGCACACACACACACACACACACCUCGACCUCAACCCCUAGGCCAAUACACACACACACACACACACACACAAACACACCUCGACCUCAACCCCUAGGCCAAUACAUACACGCACACACACACACACACACACCUCGACCUCAACCCCUAGGCCAAUACAUACACACACACACACACACACAAACACACCUCGACCUCAACCCCUAGGCCAAUACAUACACGCACACACACACACACACACACCUCGACCUCAACCCCUAGGCCAAUACACACACACACACACAACACACAACACACACCUCGACCUCAACCCCUAGGCCAAUACAUACACGCACACAAGCACCUCAAAUACACACACAGCCAUGUGUUGACUGUCUGUCUGUGAUUUCAUUGGUUGUUUCAGAUCUACUCUCCAGACCACACGAACAACAGCUUCUCGUCCAACCCGUCGACCCCUGUUGGCUCUCCCCCCUCACUCACAGGUACAUCUCAAUUUUAAACUAGUCUUCAACCUACCUUUAUAUAUAGAUUAGAACAUCCAACUGGCUCCUUUAAGGUGAAUAUGAGGAAGUGAACCAUUUAACUGUAAUUAGAGUUUCUACACUUCACAGAUAAACACUUUAAAUCAGGGAGGAAUUAAUGUCACUAUCCACCAGUGAACCAGAUCUUAGUAGAGUCCACAGCAUAGCCUGGUUCAGUCCAAUCACCACUACUACACAGUACAGGUCCAGUCUCACGUGGUAGUGUUUAGGACCACAGCAUAGCCUGGUUCAGUCCAAUCACCACUACUACACAGCACAGGUCCAGUCUCACAUGGCAGUGUUUAGGACCACAGCAUAGCCUGGUUCAGUCCAAUCACCACUACUACACAGCACAGGUCCAGUCUCACGUGGCAGUGUUUAGGACCUCAGCAUAGCCUGGUUCAGUCCAAUCACCACUACUACACAGCACAGGUCCAGUCUCACGUGGCAGUGUUUAGGACCACAGCAUAGCCUGGUUCAGUCCAAUCACCACUACUACACAGCACAGGUCCAGUCUCACGUGGCAGUGUUUAGGACCACAGCAUAGCCUGGUUCAGUCCAAUCACCACUACUACACAGCACAGGUCCAGUCUCACGUGGCAGUGUUUAGGACCUCUCGCUGAGCUGUAAUGGUAGAGAAAUGCCUGGGAGGCAUCCAAGGGGAAGAUACUGUAGAUACUGAUGUGCAUAGUGCAGCAUAGUGCAGAGGCCUGGGCCUCUCAGCGUAACAUCACUGAAGAUGGCCUUUGACUUUCACUAGCUACUCCUUUUAGUUCAUCACUGAGAAAUUAUUUCCCUCCAUUUACAAAACACUUCAAACUUCCUUUUUUUUUUUUCUGACAUGUUUUGUUUUUGCCUAUUACUGUUCUUCCCGACUAACGAUGCAAAUCCUUCCCUGCUCCUUAAAGUGAGAAAUUACUUUCUCCAUAUCACUAUGUUCAAUGCUGCACUAAUUGUCGCUGCUACACAACAUGUUGACUGAUAGACUUAAUUACAAACGCACUUCAGCAAAUCAUUUCAAAGCAGCAGCACUGUGUGUGUGUCUGUCUCUCUGUGUAUGUGUGUGUGUGUGUGUGUGUGUGUGUGUGUGUGUGUGUGUGUGUGUGUGUGUGUGUGUGUGUGUGUGUGUGUGUGUGUGUGUGUAUGUGAUUCAGCAGCAUCAUGAAGUACUACUAAAGUUAAUACCAGGGAAAUGCCAGCAAACAUAAUUGGUGUUUACCAUCGUUUCACCGUUAUUAGACUUUACAAAUUAAAACAACCAGCCUGAUUAAAGCCGACAAACUGCAGAUUGCUAUUUAAACUUAGGGAAGUUAGUUUGAAUUAAAUAAAUAAGGGAUUCAAUCAUUUGUCGGCCCAAUAAUAUAUUGUGUUUUAUUUGCUCAUGAAUGUUUGAGGUAAUGAUUGGCUAAUUAACAUAUGUUGAGGUAAUGAUUGGCUAAUUAACAUAUGUAAAUUAGGCUUGGUAAUAAAAUCAAGCGGGUAGCAUGUAUAAAUGUGCAUAUACAUGAAAGAGUACAUUGAAAACAAGAUAAUUAGAUCUAAUCAAUAUAAUGAAGGGAUCUGGUGGUCGAGGCACGGUGGGCUUGGACUGGAGGAGAGGAGAGGAGAGGAGAGGAGAGAGAACGAGGAGGAGAGGAGAGGAGAGGAGUAGAUUCUGUCGCUGGAUCUGCUGCUCGAGGAAUCGUUUACGAUUUCCUUCUCUAUUUCUUUUCUUUCUUUUCGUUUCUUUUUUUCUUCUCUUCUCUUGUUUCUUUCUCUUCCUUCUCUUUCUGCUCUUCUAUUAUCUUUCUUUUUCUCUCUCUUGUUUUCUCUUGGGAUCUCUGUUUUCUUCAUCUGCGUCUUCUGUACUUUUUACUCUUCUCUCUCUGCUUCUCUUCUCGUCUCCGUCCUCUCCUUCCGUCCUUCCUUUCUCUCGCGUCUCUACCUUCCUUCGCUGCUAUCUCUUCUCCUUCAAGCUCUUUCUUUGCUGUGUAAUUCACCUUUAUAAUUGCCUUGGUUAGUAGCUACACUGCUGCUGCUAUACACAUUCACACACACACAGCUCUUUAAUUGGCUGGUGUAAUUCAGCCUGGUUUAAACAGGUUGUGAGUCUUUAACAGGUUGUGAGUCUUUAACACACACACACACACACAAGCGGAGGUCUAGGUGACGGUUCCACAGGUCUUUAAUUUAUGAAGAACCAACACAACAAAAGAGGAAGUGGAGGUGAUUAGCAUCACACAGCUCUCAGCCUAUCAAAGGCCUUUGUUCCCUACCUGCUCCCAGGCGCCCGGCGACGCCCACGACAGCCUCUCCAUCAGAGAUAGGGUCACACACACACACAUCCCCAACCUCCACCAGUUAAUGAUCACGGGUUGUGUAUAGGUCAGGGACAACCAGACAAAAGCUGCGUGAGAAGCAGAGGAAAGCCAUGAAUGAGGCCGAGAAGCAGACAUGAACAAGACAAAACAUGUUUAGCAUACCAUCACAAGUAGGUCAUUAUACCACAGCAAUAUUCUAUAGCCAAUAUGCACCAGGGUUUAAUGGUUUCAUGUUCUGUAUGUGUUGUUGGAUAGCUUUACCUUAUUAUAUAGCUCAUUAUUACCAAGGACCAAUUAGCUUCUAAUGUUGACCAACCUUUACAUAAUACUCAACUGUUCAGCUGACUUGAAUUUUGAUGUUCAGCUAACUUGAAUACAACUGGACUGUUUGUGUUCAGGGCAGUAUUUCCAUCAGAGUGUGUAUGAAUGGUACUGGGAGACUGAGAGAAUGGAUAAGGUGGUGUCACAUCACACAUCAUACCAUGUCCUUCCUGUCCUCACUCUGUCCUCAUCUCAUUGUCUCCUCAUGUCCUCAUCUCAUUGUCUCAUCAUGUCCUCAUCUCCUCGUCUCCUUAUGUCCUCAUCUCAUUGUCUCCUCAUGUCCUCAUCUCAUUGUCUCCUCAUGUCCUCAUCUCAUUGUCUCGUCAUGUCCUCAUCUCAUUGUCUCCUCAUGUCCUCAUCUCAUUGUCUCCUCAUGUCCUCAUCUCAUUGUCUCCUUAUGUCCUCAUCUCAUUGUCUCCUCAUGUCCUCAUCUCCUUGUCUCCUCAUGUCCUCAUCUCCUCGUCUCCUUAUGUCCUCAUCUCAUUGUCUCCUCAUGUCCUCAUCUCAUUGUCUCCUCAUGUCCUCAUCUCAUUGUCUCGUCAUGUCCUCAUCUCAUUGUCUCCUCAUGUCCUCAUCUAAUUGUCUCCUCAUGUCCUCAUCUCCUUGUCUCCUCAUGUCCUCAUCUCCUUGUCUCCUCAUGUCCUCAUCUCCUUGUCUCCUCAUGUCUUCAUCUCCUUGUCUCCUCAUGUCCUCAUCUCAUUGUCUCCUCAUGUCCUCAUCUCAUUGGCUCCUCAUGUCCUCAUCUCAUUGUCUCCUCAUGUCCUCAUCUCAUUGUCUCCUCAUGUCCUCAUCUCAUGUCUCCUCAUCUCCUUGUCUCCUCAUGUCCUCAUCUCCUUGUCUCCUCAUGUCCUCAUCUCAUUGUCUCCUCAUGUCCUCAUCUCAUUGUCUCCUCAUGUCGUCAUCUCCUUGUCUCCUCAUGUCCUCAUCUCCUUGUCUCCUCAUGUCCUCAUCUCCUUGUCUCGUCAUGUCCUCAUCUCAUUGUCUCCUCAUGUCCUCAUCUAAUUGUCUCCUCAUGUCCUCAUCUCCUUGUCUCCUCAUGUCCUCAUCUCCUUGUCUCCUCAUGUCCUCAUCUCCUUGUCUCCUCAUGUCUUCAUCUCCUUGUCUCCUCAUGUCCUCAUCUCAUUGUCUCCUCAUGUCCUCAUCUCAUUGGCUCCUCAUGUCCUCAUCUCAUUGUCUCCUCAUGUCCUCAUCUCAUUGUCUCCUCAUGUCCUCAUCUCAUUGUCUCUCCCUCAUCCUCCUUGGCUCCUCAUGUCCUCAUCUCCUUGUCUCAUCUCAUGUCCUCAUGUCCUCAUCUCCUUGUCUCCUCAUGUCCUCAUCUCAUUGUCUCCUCAUGUCCUCAUCUCCUUGUCUCCUCAUGUCCUCAUCUCAUUGUCUCCUCAUGUCCUCAUCUCCUUGUCUCCUCAUUUCCUCAUUCCUUGUCUCCUCCAUGUCCUCAUCUCAUUGUCUCCUUAUGUCCUCAUCUCAUUGUCUCCUCAUGUCCAUCAUCCCAUUGUCUCCUCAUGUCCCUCAUCUCCUUGUCUCCUCAUGUCCUCAUCUCAUUGUCUCCUCAUGUCCUCAUCUCCUUGUCUCCUCAUGUCCUCAUCUUAUUGUCUCCUCAUGUCCUCAUCUCAUUGCCUCCUCAUGUCGUCAGCUCCUUGUCUCCUCAUGUCCUCAUCUCAUUGUCUCCUCUUGUCCUCAUCUCCUUGUCUCCUCAUGUCCUUGUCUCCUUAUGUCCUCAUCUCAUUGUCUCCUCAUGUCCUCAUCUCAUUGUCUCCUCAUGUCCUCAUCUCCUUGUCUCCUCAUGUCCUCAUCUCAUUGUCUCCUCAUGUCGUCAUCUCCUUGUCUCCUCAUGUCGUCAUCUCAUUGUCUCCUCAUGUCCUCAUCUCAUUGUCUCCUCAUGUCGUCAUCUCCUUGUCUCCUCAUGUCCUCAUCUCCUUGUCUCCUCAUGUCCUCAUCUCCUUGUCUCGUCAUGUCCUCAUCUCAUUAUCUCCUCAUGUCCUCAUCUAAUUGUCUCCUCAUGUCCUCAUCUCCUUGUCUCCUCAUGUCCUCAUCUCCUUGUCUCCUCAUGUCCUCAUCUCCUUGUCUCCUCAUGUCUUCAUCUCCUUGUCUCCUCAUGUCCUCAUCUCAUUGUCUCCUCAUGUCCUCAUCUCAUUGGCUCCUCAUGUCCUCAUCUCAUUGUCUCCUCAUGUCCUCAUCUCAUUGUCUCCUCAUGUCCUCAUCUCAUUGUCUCCUCAUCUCCUUGUCUCCUCAUGUCCUCAUCUCCUUGUCUCCUCAUGUCCUCAUCUCAUUGUCUCCUCAUGUCCUCAUCUCAUUGUCUCCUCAUGUCCUCAUCUCCUUGUCUCCUCAUGUCCUCAUCUCAUUGUCUCCUCAUGUCCUCAUCUCCUUGUCUCCUCAUGUCCUCAUCUCCUUGUCUCCUCAUGUCCUCAUCUCAUUGUCUCCUUAUGUCCUCAUCUCAUUGUCUCCUCAUGUCCUCAUCCCAUUGUCUCCUCAUGUCCUCAUCUCCUUGUCUCCUCAUGUCCUCAUCUCAUUGUCUCCUCAUGUCCUCAUCUCCUUGUCUCCUCAUGUCCUCAUCUUAUUGUCUCCUCAUGUCCUCAUCUCAUUGCCUCCUCAUGUCGUCAGCUCCUUGUCUCCUCAUGUCCUCAUCUCAUUGUCUCCUCUUGUCCUCAUCUCCUUGUCUCCUCAUGUCCUUGUCUCCUUAUGUCCUCAUCUCAUUGUCUCCUCAUGUCCUCAUCUCAUUGUCUCCUCAUGUCCUCAUCUCCUUGUCUCCUCAUGUCCUCAUCUCAUUGUCUCCUCAUGUCGUCAUCUCCUUGUCUCCUCAUGUCGUCAUCUCCUUGUCUCCUCAUGUCCUCAUCUCCUUGUCUCCUCUUGUCCUCAUCUCCUUGUCUCCUCAUGUCCUCAUCUCAUUGUCUCCUCAUGUCCUCAUCUCCUUGUCUCCUCAUGUUCUCAUCUCCUUGUCUCCUCAUGUCCUCAUGUCCUUGUCUCCUUAUGUCCUCAUCUCAUUGUCUCCUCAUGUCCUCAUCCCAUUGUCUCCUCAUGUCCUCAUCUCCUUGUCUCCUCAUGUCCUCAUCUCAUUGUCUCCUCAUGUCCUCAUCUCCUUGUCUCCUCAUGUCCUCAUCUCAUUGUCUCCUCAUGUCCUCAUCUCAUUGUCUCCUCAUGUCGUCAUCUCCUUGUCUCCUCAUGUCCUCAUCUCAUUGUCUCCUCUUGUCCUCAUCUCCUUGUCUCCUCAUGUCCUCAUCUCCUUGUCUCCUCAUCUCCUUGUCUCCUUGUGUCCUCUCCUAGCUGCUAGUUCUGCUAUGUGGUCCAGGAACGGAGGACAAGGGCCCUCCUCCCCCAACUAUGAGGCUCCUCUACACUCUCUGGUAAGACUACAUAAGAUCUUCAUAAGACAUUCAUAACACAUUCAUAAUGCAUUCAUAACACAUUCGUAACCCAGUUCAUAACCCAUUCGUAAAUGCUUAUGUCAACAACGCAACCUCUAUCCCCUGACCUUUCUCCUCUUCCCCUCUGCAGCAGAGUCCUAUCGAUAUCAUAACCCAUUCAUAACCUGUUCAUAAUACAUUCAUAAGCACUUAUAUCAACACCAUGACCCCUGACCUCUAACCCUGACCCCUCUCCUUCCCCCCUGCAGCAGAGUCCUAUCGAUAUCAUAAUUAAGCAAUAAGGCACGAGGGGGUUUGUGGUAUAUGGCCAAAUACUACGGCUAAGGGUUGUUCUUAAAUGCAACACGGAGUGCCUGGAUACAACCCUUAGCCGUGGUAUAUUGGCCAUAUACCACAAACCCCCUCGUGCCUUAUUGCUAUUAUAAACUGGUUACAAACAUAAUUAGAACAGUCAAAAUAAAUGUUGAGCUCCGAUCGUGACUAUCCUACCAACGGGACCUGAAGAUCUGUAAUAUCCUGUUUUUCUCAGAAACUUGGCUGAACAAGGACAUGGAUAAUAUUCUAGCUGGUUUUUCUAUGCUUCUGCAGGACAGAACAGCAGCGUUGGUUAAGCUCAAGGGGUGUGUGUCUCUUUGUUAACAACAGCUGGUGCGCAAAAUCUCUAAUGUUAAGGAAGUCUCGAGGUUCUGCUCGCCUGAGUUAGAAUACCUCAUGAUAAGCUGCAGAUCAAACUCAACUCUGGAAUUGAAGCCAGUUCCACUGCGUUGUUUCAUUGUUCCCCUCUAAUCAGGGACUGAUUUAGACCUGGCACACCAGGUGGGUGACAAUUGAUUAUCAGGUAGAGCAGAAAACCAGCAGGCUCCGGACCUCGUAGGGUUCCCGAGUGGCGUAGCGGUCUAAGGCACUGCAUCUCAGUGCUUGAGGCGUCACUACAGACCCCCUGGUUCGAUUCCAGGCUGUAUCGCAACCGGGCCGUGAUUGGGAGUCCCAUAGGGCGGCGCACAAUUCGCCCAGCGUCGUCCGGGUUUGGCCGGUGUAGGCCGUCAUUGUAAAUAAGAAUUUGUUCUUAACUGACUUGCCUAGUUAAAUAAAGGUAAAAUACAAUAAAGAGUUGAAUACCCCUGCUGUAGACCAUACUAUUUACCAAUAAUAAUAUGCCAUUUAGCAGACGCUUUUAUCCAAAGCGACUUACAGUCAUGCGUGCAUACAUUUUUGUGUAUGGGUGGUCCCGGGGAUCGAACUCACUACCCUGGCGUUACAAGCGCCGUGCUCUACCAGCUGAGCUACAGAGGACCACCAAGAGAGUUUUCAUCUAUAUUUUUCGUAGCCGUCUAUUUACGACCACAAACCGAUGCUGGCACUAAGACCGCACUCAACGAGCUGUAUAAAGCCACGCUGACCCUCAACACGGGGGCCUCUCAGGGGUGCGUGCUAAGUCCCCUCCUGUACUCCCUGUUCACCCAUGACUGCGUGACCGCGCACGACUCCAACACCAUCAUUAAGUUUGCCGACGACACGACGGUGGUAGGCCUGAUCACAGAUGACGAUGAGACAGCCUAUAGGGAUGAGGUCAGUGACCUGGCAGUGUGGUGCUAGGACAACAACCUCUCCCUCAACGUCAGCAAGUCAAAGGAGAUGAUCGUGGACUACAGGAAACGGAGGGCCGAGCACACCCCCAUUCACAUCGACGGGGCUGUAGUGGAGCGGGCCGAGAACUUCAAGUUCCUCGGUGUCCGCAUCACUAACGAUCUAUCAUGGUCCAAACACACCAACACAGUCAUGAAGAGGGCACGACAACGCCUCUUCCCCCUCAGGAGGCUCAAAAGAUUUGGCAUGGGCCCUCAGAUGUACCAUUGAGAGCAUCUUCACUGUCUACAUCACCGCUUGGUAUGGCAACUGCUUGGCAUCCGACCACAAGGCACUACAGAGGGAGUGCGGAUGGACCGGUACCUCACUGGGGCUGAGCUCCCUGUCAUCCAGGACCUCUAUACCAGGCGGUGUCAGAGAAGGGCCCUAAACAUUGUCAAGUCUUAGACUGUUCUCUCUGCUACCGCACGGCAAGUGGUACCGAUGCACCAAGUCUAGAACCAACAGGAUCCUGAAAGACGGGACCCUGAACAGCUUCUACCUCCAAGCCAUAAGACUGCUAAAUAGUUAGUUAAAUAGUUAACCAAAUAGCUACCCGGACUAUCUUCAUUGACCCUUUUUGCACAAACUAUUUUAUAACUCAUCACAUACGCUGCUGCUACUGUUUAUUAUCUAUCCUGUUGCCUAGUCACUUUAUCCCUACCUAUAUGUACAUAUCUACUUCAAUUACCUCAUACCCCUGCAUAUCAACUCGGUACUGGUACCCCGUGUAUAUAGCCAAGUUAUCAUAGACUCGGUACUGGUACCCCGUGUAUAUAGCCAAGUUAUCAUAGACUCGGUACUGGUACCCUGUGUUGGAUAUAGCCAAGUUAUCAUAGACUCUGUACUGGUACCCCCGUGUAUAUAGCCAAGUUAUCAUAGACUCUGUACUGGUACCUCCCGUUGUAUAUAGCCAAGUUAUCAUAGACUCGGUACUGGUACCCCACACCCAUGUGUAUAUAGCCAAGUUAUCAUAGACUCGGUACUGGUACCCCGUGUUUAAAGCCAAGUUAUCGUUAUUCAUUGUGUAUUUAUUAUUUCUUUUAUUAGUACAUCUUUUACUUUUCUAUUAUCUCUCUAUGUUCUCUCUCUGCAUUGUUGGGAAGUAAGACUUUCACUGUUAGUCCACACGUGUUGUUUACCAAGCAUGUGAUGAAUAACAUUUGAUUUGAUAACGCAUUCAUAAGUUAUUCAUAACCCAUUCAUAAGCACUUCAUCACCAACAUGACCCCUGACCCCCUGACCCCGGACGUCUAACCUCCAACCUCUGACCCCCCCCCCCCCCCCCCCCUGCAGCAGAGCCGUAUCGAGGACCGCCUGGAGCGCCUGGACGAUGCCAUCCAUGUCCUGCGGAGUCACGCGGUUGGGCCCUCCACAGGCAUGCCCAGCAUGCACCAAGACAUGCACAGCCUCAUCGGAGCAGCACACAACGGGGCCAUGGGAGGACUGGGCGCUGGAUAUGGCACGGGACUACUCUCUGCCAACCGCCACUCAAUCAUGGUAGGAACCAUCUUCUAUAAC